AGUAAGCCACUGUGUUCGAGGAUUCCAGUAUCAUUGAAACCUGUUCUUUUCCGUUGGCACCCACCGCAUCUCUAACCAAUUGUCCACCCUGUGAGCGUCUCACACAUUGUAAAUGACAAAUAACCUGCUGAAAUCUAUGGAACUGAAGUGCUCCGUUUGCUUCCCUCUGGGACAUUUUUCUACUUUGGGGUGUGGAACGGAAAUACCAACUUCUUUGCGUUUCCAAGGCCUCCUGCAGGUCUCAACUGGAGGCCGGAGCUGGGUAGCUGCGAGGGAGUGAUGAGAUUCGAACGCGAAGAAGGCACGUUGUUUGCCACCUUACCCCCGCUCGCGCGCCAACUAGCGGGCGAGCAGCGCGUAGUUUGUUUCCGUGACUCUGUGAUGCGCCUUUCUUGCACUUUGUUAUCGUUCAGUCAGGCGCAUGCUAACACAAACGAAUGAUUUCUUUGCUUAGCCGACUGAGAACGGUACAGAGGGAGCAGGAGGAAUACUGGGCAAGUGACCAUGUUGGUGUGUAGCUGGACACGAUAAGCAUCGAUGGCCUAAGUGAGGCCAACUGGCGUCCCUCAAGACCUCUACCCGUUCGAUUUGACCUCGCAAACCCAUCCCGAAUAUUUCCUUAGAUCCUCUCUGUCAGCUGUUUACAGCCGCUUCCAGGUGGCAUGAUGAGGCCCACGGGCGGGCCGGGACUCCUGCCUCUGCAAUGGCUUCUGCUAGUGGUGGCCAUUGGACUAACCCUUGGAGGGAUUUUCCGGCCUGCCAAGGCAACUCCCCGCCUAGGUGCGAUCGAGAUCGAGCUCAAAAAGACUCUGUCCAGGUCGCUGACGAAGUACGGAGAGAAUCCGCAUUUGUACACCAUCCAAAAUGAAUACCACGGCCUUCUGAGCCAAAGCAUGGCGGACGGCACGAUCUGGGUCAUGUACAACCACUGCCCAGAAGGCGACGAGUUUGUCGCAAACGAAGAGUAUCGCCGAGGCCGAGUAGGAAGUUACUACAUUGGCUGCGAGGCUCACUUUGCCCGCUACGACCCGAAAACGGGCAGCCGAAUCGGCUCAGAAGUCGUGUUUGCAGAUUUCGAUGCAUACCCCCAGCAGCGGAACCAGGCGUUCUUUGUGCACGGCCCCGACGAUGGCGCACACGCCAACACCAUCGUGCUUGGCGUUUGGGCGGCACAGUGCAAAAACGUGGAGGACGUCUGCCUCUGCACGGACGGGAACUGCGGGUUCGACAGGACUAAGAACGCAAACUGUUCAGCUUCGUGGCGGGGCAAACCGGGAGCGACUUACUGCCAAAGCGACGACUGGCUAGGCGGGAAAGACGGCACGGGGUGGUCUUGCGGAAAGGAAAAGUACAAUGUGGGCACACUGAUGGCUCCAGUGAACGGCGGACAAAUCCCCGCGAAGCUCUACCUGGUGAAGCUCAAGGAGGACGGCGAACUGAUUUACUCUAAGGAGGCGUUCUACUUCGACGGCGGCCAGAACGAAGCGACGGGGGACUUUUUCGGAAAAGUGGCCAAGUACACGGACCCAGAAACCAAGCAGGAAGUCGAUGACUGGGUGUACGGUUGGAUUUUCUCAACAAACAUGGGCAACAUCUGCAACUAUCACUGGGGCUGUCAGGGGAAGGUGUACCGCGCCAGCGACGGAGAGCAGGUCGAGUCGAGGCUGUGGUGCUCGCACUGCAACGGACGCCACCUCGGCUUCGACGACGAAAACAAGCGAUUCGGAUUCAGCUGCGGAACAGACGGAGGCCCAGGAGUUUUCUUCAACGGCAACAAAGUCAUAGGCCGCGGCCAGACGGAGAACAUCAACACCGCCAUGGACAACACACAUCGGGACAACCACCCGGUCGUGUCGCACUUUAGAGGGGAUGUGUGGCUGAUUCUCUACAAGUACAUUGCAACAGAGCUCGACUCGGACCCCACAGAUCUGAGGCUGCUGCAGUACGACGCCGCAAAGAAAGAGAUUCUGUUUUCUAAAGUCAUGACCGAGACACCGACGAUCUCGGAAGGCGGUGAUCACCACCUGGAAAAGUUCGGCGAUCAAACUUGGCUCAUGGUCUGGUCGGCUGGCAGACGAGCUUACGCGGCAGAAAUCGACGCGUGGGGGAACUAUAUCGGGGACAUUCAAGAUAUAACGGACUACGUCAAUUUAGGAUUGCAGAGCGGCUGGUGGCACUGGCCAAACGGGGACGUGGGGUUCGUCGGCGCGUGGGACUGGCAAGGCAGCCCCUACGAAGAGGACACACAGUGCAACAAGUGCUGCGAAAUGAGAGAACGGUACACGAUCGAACAAGCAGCAGACGGCGGCAGGCAGUGUCCGUAUGAGGACGGAUAUAUUAAAACCCGGCCGUGCAAGGAUGGAAACUGCCCCAAAUUGGAAUUCGCUUCUGCGGAGCAAGAUUACACUAACGAGAAUUUCGGCCCUGAACUCGGCAUUGACAAAAAUAGACAAACACAGUCAGAAGUUUGGACGAGGUGGGGCUACGGCGGCCACGCCUGGUAUAAAGUGCAUUUGAGCAAACCGAGUGUGGUGUCCGGGGUUAACUUGUACACCAACAAAGACCGGCAGCAACGUUUUGGACUCGCCGUCCUUUUCUACAACUCUGAAAAGGCUCUCAUUGGCCGGUGCUUCAUCAAUCUCAAUAACAUGCCAUCAGGCAAAGAUACUGAGGAGCCUGUGGACAAGCAAGCCUGUCGCGGCUUGCAAAUGUACGGGGUGAAAACGGUGAUGCUCAUUCCGGAAGAAGGAGGAACCUGGUCUUGGAUUUUUGUUCGUGAGAUCGAUAUCUUCGGUCAACCCUGCAGCUGCUAGGCGGAGGGUUGGGCCGCGGACAACUGCUGCAACGAUACGUUGCAAGUUGGGGUUGUGGAAGAAACAGCCAGUGAUUUCUGUCGCAGCGCCUUAAGAACCAUGUGAAUUCUUCUGAAAAAAGUUAGAAAACCAUGUAGCGGUACAUGCGUAGAUGUCUGUCACGAGGAGUAGAGUCAGUGCAGUUCCGAGUAAGGCUGUGGGGUCGAAGAAGUCAAGCGAUAGUUCCGGUGACUUCCGCUUCACAGAGUACACUGGUUAGCUCAAUUUCACUACGCGAAUGACGAGGUUGCAAGGUCAAUUUUUCAACAAAUACCGUGUCGCUUCCUCCAGCCUGCGGUGUUUAUUUUUGUCACGCGAAGCCUGGCGAUCUAGUAUGCUAGGGGAUCACUGGCGAAACUCCCUCUCCUUGAGGGACUGCAGUUUUCUGCUUUCCACCAAAAGCGUGAUUUCGUGGAACUAACAACAACGUAGGGACUCGUUCUAGCGCCACAGAACAGGCGUCUGACCCACCGUUCCGUCGGAUGUUGUUCUGCACUUUUUCCAGCGGCAGGCUGAAACAGUGAGUUCAUUCUGAAUGUACUUGCCUUCCCUACCUGCGCUUUCCGUUCCUUCCGUGUCCCGACUGCAGCGACGCUGUGAACAACCUUGUUGAAUGAAA